CGGUGGGAGAUCUCGCGGGAUCCGGCGGGAGGACAAGUUCAGGGAACAUGGCGACGUCUCAUCUGUUAAAGAAUAAAGGUUCCCUUCAGUUUGAGGACAAAUGGGAUUUCAUGAGACCUAUAGUUCUGAAGCUUUUACGUCAGGAGUCUGUCACAAAGCAGCAGUGGUUUGAUCUGUUCUCGGAUGUGCAUGCCGUAUGCCUAUGGGAUGAUAAAGGUCCAGCAAAAAUUCACCAGGCUCUAAAGGAAGAUAUUCUAGAUUUUAUCAAGCAAGCUCAGGCGAGAGUAUUGAGUCAUCAGGACGACACCGCUUUACUUAAAGCUUACAUUGUAGAAUGGCGCAAGUUCUUCACCCAGUGCGACAUCUUACCCAAGCCUUUUUGUCAACUAGAAAUUACUUUAAUGGGUAAACAAGGAAGCAACAAGAAAUCCAAUGUAGAAGACAGUAUUGUUAGGAAGUUAAUGCUGGAUACCUGGAAUGAAUCUAUAUUUUCAAAUAUUAAAAAUCGGCUUCAGGAUAGUGCCAUGAAGCUGGUCCAUGCUGAGCGAUUAGGGGAAGCAUUUGAUUCCCAGCUAGUCAUUGGCGUUCGAGAAUCCUAUGUUAACCUCUGCUCAAAUCCAGAAGACAAACUCCAGAUCUAUCGAGAUAAUUUUGAAAAGGCCUACUUAGAUUCGACAGAGAGGUUUUACCGGACCCAAGCCCCCUCCUACCUGCAGCAAAACGGUGUACAGAACUACAUGAAAUAUGCAGAUGCUAAACUAAAGGAAGAAGAAAAAAGAGCAGUGCGCUACUUGGAGACCAGGCGAGAGUGUAACUCUGUGCAGGCGCUGAUGGAGUGUUGUGUGAACGCCCUCGUAACGUCCUUCAAAGAGACCAUUUUAGCGGAGUGCCAAGGAAUGAUCAAGCGCAAUGAAACAGAGAAAUUGCAUUUAAUGUUUUCCCUGAUGGAUAAAGUUCCUAAUGGGAUUGAGCCAAUGUUAAAAGACUUGGAAGAACACAUUGUGAGUGCUGGACUCGCUGAUAUGGUGGCAGCUGCAGAAACUAUUACUACUGAUUCAGAGAAAUAUGUAGAACAGUUACUGACCUUGUUUAAUAGAUUUAGCAAAUUAGUUAAAGAAGCUUUUCAAGAUGAUCCAAGGUUUCUUACGGCUCGGGACAAGGCAUAUAAGGCUGUUGUCAAUGAUGCUACAAUCUUUAAGCUGGAGCUGCCGCUAAAGCAGAAAGGGGUGGGAUUGAAAACACAGCCGGAAUCAAAAUGUCCCGAAUUACUUGCUAAUUAUUGUGAUAUGUUAUUACGAAAAACACCUCUGAGUAAGAAACUGACUUCUGAAGAAAUUGAAGCAAAGCUUAAGGAAGUACUGCUGGUGCUGAAAUAUGUUCAGAAUAAAGAUGUCUUCAUGAGAUACCACAAAGCUCACCUCACCAGACGCCUCAUCCUGGACAUUUCUGCGGACAGUGAAAUUGAAGAGAAUAUGGUUGAAUGGCUCAGGGAAGUGGGUAUGCCUGCCGAUUAUGUCAACAAGCUGGCCCGCAUGUUCCAAGACAUUAAAGUUUCUGAAGAUUUAAAUCAGUCUUUUAAGGAAAUGCAUAAAAACAAUAAAUUAGCACUUCCAGCUGAUUCUGUGAAUAUAAAAAUUUUAAACGCCGGUGCUUGGUCAAGAAGCUCCGAAAAAGUAUUUGUAUCCUUACCCACUGAACUUGAAGACCUUAUUCCUGAAGUGGAGGAAUUCUACAAGAAAAACCACAGUGGUAGAAAACUACACUGGCACCAUCUGAUGUCUAAUGGCAUUAUAACAUUUAAAAACGAGGUGGGUCAGUACGACCUGGAGGUGACCACAUUUCAGCUUGCGGUUUUAUUUGCCUGGAAUCAAAGACCUAAAGAAAAAAUAAGUUUUGAGAAUCUUAAAUUAGCCACAGAAUUACCCGAUGCAGAACUAAGGAGGACGCUGUGGUCUCUAGUAGCUUUUCCUAAAUUGAAAAGGCAAGUUUUAUCAUAUGAACCGCAAGUUAACUCCCCAAAAGACUUCACUGAAGGUACUCUGUUUUCUGUGAACCAGGACUUCAGCUUAAUAAAAAAUGGAAAAGUUCAGAAACGAGGAAAGAUUAAUUUGAUUGGCCGCUUACAGCUGACCACCGAAAGGAUGAGGGAGGAAGAAAAUGAAGGCAUUGUGCAACUGCGAAUACUGAGGACACAGGAGGCGAUUAUUCAAAUCAUGAAGAUGAGGAAGAAAAUUACAAACGCCCAGCUCCAGACAGAACUUGUAGAAAUUUUAAAAAAUAUGUUUUUGCCACAGAAAAAAAUGAUAAAAGAACAAAUUGAGUGGCUUAUAGAACACAAAUACAUCCGAAGAGACGAGUCUGAUAUCAACACCUUCAUAUACAUGGCAUAAUCUGUGAAGCCUGCGUAUCAUAUCUGGAUGACGUGAGUGCUGGAGCAGGCCAACUCGAAUAUUUAUGCUGAAAGCAGACUCGGCUGCAGACUAUAUCGCAUAAAUAUUACAGUCCCCCUGCCUUACCUUACUAAAGGACAAGAAUCUAUUGCCAAUGUCACUCUGCCAGCAUGACAGCAUCUUUCACAUCGCUUUUACCGGCAUGCUGUUUUAAUGGAAAAUCGUUUUGGAAGAACUUGUGAGCUUGUAAAGUAGAGAUUUUUGUUGUUUUUUUUUUCAAAUAUAAAACUUCAGUGUUUAUUUUUAUUCCCCCCUCAUUUUUCUCCCCACCCGGGGAUGGGAUUAUCGCAUUUCAUGCACUGAUUAAUUGCUGUUACUGUUAGACUUUAAGAAAAGAAGAAAAAAAAUCCUCACCCCAAAAAUAGCACUUUCACAUGAAAAUGAAUUUAAUGCAUUAAUUUAAUUGCUGUCAUCCCCUCCUACACAACGUUUUUGGUGACUUUUUUUUAGGCAUAUCAAUAGUUUUGAAGAAGUUAAUAUAAAUUAGAGGAACUGGUAACCAGGGUCUGUCCGCUCCCCUGACAUGUCUGUGUUAAUUAUUAAUGAAUUAGUUAAUUAUUGUAUUCCCCAUGAAACGACAAAUCUAGAGCGUCUUUCCUUGGAAGCCUGCACUCUGCUGUUCCUCUGUUAUUCCUCCCGGAAGUAUAUCUAUUAAUUGAUAACUUUUAUACCGUUCCCUACUUCGUCUGACACUGUCCAAUCAAUGCUGACAGUGUCAGAUUGCGUACGGGUAUGCCACAUGGACGAGAGGAACGGGAACACCCCGUUGCCAUUUUAGCCAUAUGUUUCCAGGAGGGAUCACAGAAGAUCUGCACGACGCAGAGUUAGAUAAGAAAAGAUGCUUCAGAAUUAUUUCAUGGUGAUUGCAAGUAAAAAACGAACUUGUCAGGAGAACUUAUGGAUCCACUUUAAGGCUACGUGCACACGAACGUAUUUUGUUUCCGUGUCCGUUCCGUUUUUGUUUUGUUUUUUUUCAGAUAGGAUGCGGACCCAUUAAUUUCAAUGGGUCCGCAAAAAAUGCGGACGUCAGUGUGCUAUCCG